CGACACUGGGCACCUCCGGCUCCGCAGCAGCCUGUCAGAGCUCCCCACCAUACGCAGCUACACCCCUUCACAGCGCCAAUACAGCCACAAUGCUUCUCCUCGAUUACCAGAAUGUGCUCAUUGAGUCCCUGCUGAAGGACCGCUUCUCUGGGGGAGCUCCCGCGAACAUCGACCAGGUCGUCUCCGACUUCGACGGCGUCACCUUUCACAUCUCGACGCCCGAAAGCAAGACCAAGAUCCUCGUAUCUCUGCAGAUCAAGUGCUUCUCGGAGCUGGUCCAGUACGGCGCUCAGGCCGUCCUCGAGCGCGAGUAUGGCCCGUACAUUGUGUCGCCCGAGUCGGGGUACGACUUCUCAGUGCUGGUAGACUUGGAAAACUUGCCGGAAGAAAAAGAGGACCGUGAUGAUCUUAUCAGGCGCAUUUCCCUCCUUAAGCGGAACGCUAUGGCUGCACCUUUCGAGCAAGCUUUCGACGAGUUUGCACAGCUGCAGGAGGAAGCUUCCAAGUACACAUCAGAAUCAGCGCCCCAGGGCAUGAAAGAGGGCGGUGAGGUCCGCGCUAUUCACUACCGUGAGGAGGAAGCGAUAUACAUCAAGGCCAGCUUCGACCGUGUUACAGUAAUUUUCUCCACAGUGUUCAGGGAAGAGACCGACAGGAUCUUCGGAAAGGUCUUCCUUCAGGAGUUUGUCGACGCCAGGCGGAGAGCUAUCCAAAACGCACCCCAAGUACUUUUCCGUAACGACCCACCUCUCGAGCUGCAGGGUAUCCCAGGAGUUGACACAUCUGGUUCUGCCGAUAUUGGCUACAUUACGUUUGUCCUUUUCCCUCGCCAUCUGACAGCUGCUCGACGAGCGGACGUCAUUUCUCACAUCCAGACCUUCCGCGACUACUUUCACUAUCACAUCAAGGCCUCCAAAGCGUUCAUUCACUCGAGGAUGCGUAAGAGGACUGCAGACUUCCUCCAGGUCCUCCGAAGAGCAAGGCCCGAGGCAGAAGAGAAGGAGCGCAAGACAGCGAGCGGACGAACAUUCAGGGUACAGGCAUAAAGCACAUGGCGAGACAAGUAGUUUGUCGAGAAGAAGACAAGACAAUGCCAAGCCAACACAGACAUAACGUGACAAGCCUUGCUUUGAGCUUGAAGUGACUUUGAAUUGAGACCCACACAACGUAUCAUUCUUUGAAGGUGUUUGUGGACCCCGAGGUUGAGGUAA